AUGGCAGGAUAUGAUUUGAUGACUACAUUUAAGACCCGGAAAUUGCUCUUCUUACUCCUGGUGCUGAUCAGCAAUGCUGCCGGGGCACAAUCUCCUGAAAAAUCAGUGGUGAAGAUUUUUGUCACCAGGCAACAGUAUGACUAUGAUCAGCCGUGGCAGCGAAGCAGCCCGGUAAAAAGCUCCGGUUCGGGCAGUAUUAUAGAUAGCAACCGCAUUCUUACCUGUGCGCAUGUGAUUGAGUUUGGUGAAUUUAUAGAGGUACGAAAAGCAAAGGAUGCCCGUAAGUACACCGCCCGGGUAAAGUUCAUUGCACCGGAGUAUGACCUGGCCAUACUGGAAGUAGAUGAUCCGCGCUUUUUCAGCAAAUCGACGCCUAUGGAAUUAUCAGAGCUGCCGCAUAUCGGUGAGCGCGUAACGGCCUAUGGCUUCCCCACAGGAGGCGAUGAUCUGAGCAUUACCUCCGGCAUUGUAUCCCGCAUUGAAAACAUUGAUUAUUCCUAUAGCGACUAUAAUAACCUGGGUGUUCAGAUCGAUGCGGCCAUCAACCCCGGUAACAGCGGCGGCCCCGUAUUGCAGGAUGGCAAGCAGGCAGGCGUUGCCUUCCAGGGGCGGAGCCAGGCCCAGAGUAUAGGGUAUAUGAUCCCCACCCCGGUGAUCCGUACUUUUUUAAGAGAUAUUGCUGAUGGCGUUUAUGAUGGGCCGGUUCCGCUAUACCUCAAGUGGCAGAAACUGGAGAAUCCCGCCCUCCGCCUGUGUUAUGGAGUGGAUGAUACGCUGACCGGUGUGCUGAUCAAUGAA